CAAUGGGGUAAACAUCUUUUCAGUAUUAUUCUGCAAUAUCAAAAAUCUAAUAAAUGUCUCAUCACAUGGUUCUUAGUAGAUUAGGCAAACAACUAGAGAAAAUCAAAUUGUAAUUAAAUCCAUCCUGUCCGAAAAUCAUUGACAUAGAGAACCAAGAAUGGAGAAAAGUUUCUGUCUUUGAGGCAUUUGAGUCUCAUGGUGGGGCUUUAUUUGAUCAAGCGUGUGUGUGCUAGUUUGUGUAAGAGUUUUGGUUUUUGGUUUAGGUAUGAUCAACUUUGUCAAAAGUUGGAAUCUUUGAUUCUUGAUUUACCACAAGACAUACAAAAAACUUGUUUUUGGUGAAACAUUGUUUAUUACAUAUCUCCAACUUUUAUUACAUAUCUCCAUGUUCCUUCUGAUCCCAUUUAUGUUUGUCGUGUAACCACAAGAAUGGAACACACUUUUAGUAGUCCUAUCUUUUUUUCAAGUCUCUGUUUUUUUUUUUUUUUUGUAGUUGUACCAUCUCUGAUUGUUUGCUUUUUGUUUAUGAUGGAAAUGCAGAUAACUUCUUGGAGUUUGAGGAGGUGGUCUUCUUAUUCCCUGGAGGAUGGCCGGAGUCUCGAGAGAUUGCCGGAUUCUAACAAGUGAAUACUCUUCUUCUCUUCUCCUCUCUUGCCGUAUGUUUUGUGUAUUGAAUGGUCUCCUUUAAAGAACAUAAUAUUGGUAAAAGUCUAAAUCUUUUGUUAUCAAUUGAAUACUAGUUUUACAUUAAUAUGAAGAAUAAUGAAACUACUUUUAGAUACCAAAUUUGGAAAUGGAGUUUUUACUUAUACCCAAUUAAGAACCUUGCAAUAGACCACUUAAAUGUUUGGGGUUUUUAACCUUGUCUCUUAAUUCACUUUUUGUGCUUAAAAACAUUAAAAAAGUAAUAAGAACCUCUAAUAUGAGUAUUUGCAAUAAUCAUGCUCUUACCAAAGUUUACGAAGCCGAACAAAAUUCAAAUAUAAAUGUAAGUUUGGUAGUCUUUAACUAAACUUCAAUUAUACAUAAGCCAUGUUUCAUCAAGUUUACUUCUCGUUUUCUUUAUAAACUUCAUAACGUUGCAACCUAAUAAUCGAAAUUAGGUUGGAACACUCGUCCGUAGCAAUACGAAUACAGUCGUUGAGAUUAAAAUCAAAGUGAUUCUUUUCAUUUCAAUUAGAUGGUUUAACAAUAUAAUUUCUUGAUCCGGUUUGAUUCGAUCAUUUGAUAUGCUCUUAGCGAACCAAACAAACCUGCUCAAGUGGAGAAGGAAAAGAUAAGGUUGCCGGCUGCAUGUUCCCCUAAACUCAAAUCUCAAUGUUUUGUAAUCUUUCAACAUCUUCCUCUUUCCAUGCCCACCUUUCUCCCCUUUCUACUCUUUCUUAGAUCUUGUUGAAGCCUAUAUUAAACACUGUUUUGAAGUUAAAUAAUUUCCUUAGGGUUAAAACAAAAAAUUAUUACUGAACAGCUGUGUGUUGCCGCUUUUCUUACAUAUAAAUAAAGGUCGAUAAAAUAAGUUCUUUGUUGAAUCUCAAGACAAUUAGAUUAUUUAUUUGUCUGAAGAAGUUCAUUUUAAGAAGAGCAAAUCUCGAACAUUUACAUACGUGUGCAUGUGCAUCUUGUUCCUUUCCCUAUACAAUACAAUAUCGCAUUCGGAAUGUUUCUAUAUAUGUUUUGCUUCAUUAUGUUAUUUCAAUACAUAUAUAUAGAGACAAACAUAAAAUGUACGGAUUGUUAUUUCGAAACCCAUAAUAUAAUAGAUUUGACAAUGACAAUAAAAUAUUUAUGAUGUCAUGAAAGUGUAGUUCAUUGGAGAAUUCAAAGCGAGCCAUGCAAAUCUCAAUGUCAAUAAACCAAGAAAAUCAAGACCAUAUUCAUCUCCUCUUGAUUCGCUUCCUUUUUAUUUACAGCACCUCUUUCUUCUUUUUACUCUCUAUAUAAACUCUUCAAGUCCUGUUCUCCUUCAUCACAAGUCUUUCAGUUGCUCUCCUUCUCUCUCUUUUCCAUCACCCACAAGGGUUUUUUUUUCUGGUACCCAAAUUCUCAACCUUAAAUAACAAAAAAAGGUCUCGAAAUAGAAACCCUAAUUAUCAUGGCAGGAUUCAAGAGAAAGUUCAACAAAGGUCAUGCCUUCACAAGCAAAUGUGUUUCCUUGGUGAAGGAACAACGGGCUCGUCUCUAUAUUCUCGGCCGCUGCGCCACCAUGCUUUGCUGCUGGUACAUCCAUGGCGAUGAAUAGAGAGAGCUCUUUGAGUUCUCAUUCAAAUGAAACCCCUACAUAUAACUCUAGAUAUGUAUAUAUAUUCCGCUCCUCCCCAUCUCUUCUUCUCGAAGCUCCGUUAUAAUGCUGAAGAUCUUUGUUGGUGUUGUUGGCUUGCAUGGCAGGAUCCUUCUCCACGAAACUUUUGAUUAUCUCUCUUCUAUUGGUGCAAAACCCUGCAAACUUUGUUUUUUUUUGUAACCUAAAGAAUCAAUCUUCUGGUUAUUUUUUUUGUUAUUUUGCAUCAACCAAAAGAGAGACACUUUAUCCGCCGACUGAGGUGGCGGAGUUAUGUUUUUUGAAACAUAUGGAGAGAGAGACGCCAUGAAUACUAUGAAAUCUUCUGGAUGUUAUGGGUUUAG